AACAGAACGAUAAAGUUUUGCAAGCAAAUACUUUACAUGGAUGUAUGUUUGGAAGAAGGUCAUGCAAGACUUUUUGAGUGGAAAUGGCAUCUGCAAGUUUUGUGUCAUCUUGUUGCCUUGGUAACCAGUCUAUCAUAAUCAACAGUGACAUCCCACCAAAUCAUGCAUUGCUUGAAGAGACAGUUGUUAGUAUAAUCAGUUUGAUUGUCUCUGUUGCCAGUUUUCUGGGAACUUUUGCUCUAGUGUUACCAUGGCGAUCCAGACAAGUGACAACAUCCAGCAGACAGACCAACUUUGCACAGGGUACUGGUGUGAACCAUGUGACUAAAUGUCUCAUCACAGCUGGUAGCCUUGCUAAUAUUGGUGUGAUUGUGAGAUCCAGUGUGUGGCUAGGUAAAUAUUAUCCCCCACCAGACGAUUCAACCUUCCAGGACGGAAAACACAUUUUCUGCAUCAUUUCUACACUAUGGGUACAAUAUUUCUUUCUGAGUGUUAUAUUUUGGCACUUGGUGUAUGGACUUGAGACAUUUAUGACCAGUAACAGUAAAAGGAGCUCGUGGUGUCUGCAGUAUUUCCUUGGAUGGGGUGUUCCUGCUGCUCUAUGUGCACUGGCUGCAGUCCUGGCAUACCAGCCUAGUUUAGAAAAGUGUGGGGCGAAGCGGAAAGUGAACCGAGCAGUGAUUUAUGUGAUAUUUCUUCUACCAAUUGUUUUUGUGCUACUUCUGAUCAUCAUUCUCUUUUAUAAAUCUUAUAAUAAUGUAAAGAGGUCCCUUAUAAGACAUUUUGGGAGAUUUUCAACCCUUGAAAGACAGACCAUGGAUAACGUAUCUGUAAAAUUCAUCAUUAUUACCACUGCAUUCAUUGUUUGUUGGAUCCCUAAUAUAAUGAAUGGAAUAUUUGUGAAUGUGCUGGAUGAUAGAUCAGGACAGUUGGUUCUUGUGUUCAUUGUACUUGAGUCGGUGUUGAAUCCUUUCCAAGUGCUGAUAGACUCCAUGGUGAUGUUCGGAUGGCCGCCAACAGGCUGUUGUUGUCUCAUAUUUAGGUCACAUUCUCAUGACAGCAGUAACUAUGCCAACAUCAAUGACCUACAGAGGUCACAAAGGUCAAGGUCACCAAGAGCUAAAGAGACAGAUCCGCUGCUAAGUUUCAGCAGAAACCAACAUACUCUGUGAUAGAUGUUAUUUCCUGUUUUAAGUUACUGCCUUCUUUGAAUUUGUCAUGUUGUUGUUGUUGUUGUUGUUGCUUUUUUAGGAUUCAUAUGGAUAGGAUUUGCUCUUGCAUGGAUAGAACCAUCUUUACAAUGUGCUUAUUAUCACUAAAUCUCACCACCUUUAGAUUUUUAUUAGUCUAAAACUACUUCAUGAAUGUGAGCAGUAAAGAACUGAAAGAAAAUUGUUGUGUUGAAUGCUUCAAAUACAGUGAGGAUCACUUUGAAAAUCCCAUGAGGAAAUUUUUCUCUAUAUUACAGCUGAUUAGAUAAACCUGUGAUCAUUUAAUUGGCAAUUAAUUGACCUUAUUGUUUAGCAGAAAACUGUUCUCAAAUUUCAUUGAUCUAUACAUGACAUCAAGUGAUAGAUCUGCAUUUUUCCCUUUUAUAAGUGAAUGUCUUUUCUCAUUGUUAAACAUAAAUGAAAGCAUAAAAUGCAAAAAAUAGAUAGACUUAUUCAAAUAUUUUAUUUGGGAUUUUAAGCUUGCUUUCUUAACUGAACAUUGUAUGUUCUGAAAAAAAAAAAAAAAAGAUUACAAACCGAAAUAUUUCCAAUAGUACACAUUGUUGUCAUACACUGUAAAACAAAGUGCUUGUAUUUUUUUUAGCUCACCUGUCACAAAGUGACAAGGUGAGCUUUUGUGAUCGCGCGGUGUCCGUCGUCCGUCGUCCGUCCGUGCGUCCGUAAACUUUUGCUUGUGACCACUCUAGAGGUCACAUUUUUCAUGGGAUCUUUAUGAAAGUUGGUCAGAAUGUUCAUCUUGAUGAUAUCUAGGUCAAGUUCGAAACUGGGUCACGUGCCAUCAAAAACUAGGUCAGUAGGUCUAAAAAUAGAAAAACCUUGUGACCUCUCUAGAGGCCAUAUGUUUCAUAAGAUCUUCAUGAAAAUUGGUCAGAAUGUUCACCUUGAUGAUAUCUAGGUCAAGUUCGAAACUGGGUCACGUGGGGUCAAAAACUAGGUCAGUAGGUCUAAAAAUAGAAAAACCUUGUGACCUCUCUAGAGGCCAUAUUUUUCAUGAGAUCUUCAUGAAUAUUGGUCAGAAUGUUUACCUUGAUGAUAUCUAGGUCAAGUUCGAAACUGGGUCACGUAGGGUCAAAAACUAGGUCAUUAGGUCUAAAAAUAGAAAAACCUUGUGACCUCUCUAGAGGCCAUAUUUCUCAAUGGAUCUUUAUGAAAAUUGGUCAGAAUGUUCACCUUGAUGAUAUCUAGGUCAAUUUCGAAACUGGGUCACGUGGGAUAAAAAACUAGGUCAGUAGAUCUAAAAAUAGAAAAACCUUGUGACCUCUCUAGAGGCCAUAUUUUUCAUGAGAUCUUCAUGAAUAUUGGUCAGAAUGUUCACCUUGAUGAUAUCUAGGUCAAGUUCGAAAC